AUGCCCAGCCUGAUAGUUUGCAAUUCUUUCAGCUUUUUCCACAUUAUGGUCACAUUCUGCCUAAAUCUAUUCUUCCCCAUUAAAGAGGUAAAAGAGCUGGGCGGUGACACAAGGUGGUCGGGGAGGGAGAAGCAGACGGGUGGAGCGGGGCCGAGCAGGGAUGCGAGGCACGAACUUGGCGGCCAGUCUUACCACUCGCCAGCUCCCAUGACCCAUCCCCAGCCGCACCAGCCUUCAAAUGGUCCUCAUGUGUCCCGCCCUCCACCCGCAUAUCCUUCCCCUGAGCGAACUUUCCAAUCGAUUGAAGAUGCAUACUUUAAUCAAGAAUUAAAAUCCGCCCGGCCCGCCCCGUACAUAGACGACUUGCCAGAAACAAUUAGCCCCACACCAAGGCUCCAUAACGAACCAGAAAUAGAUACUGAUGUUGGCGGAAAGGACACAAAUAGGCGUUAUGGUUACAUACAGUCUAUUCAAGUUCCCUUGUUACCGUUGGUAGCAACAGAUCUAUAUGGAGCAGCUACACUGGCUAUAUCACAUAAGCUUAAGACUAUCAAGGAAAUUACUCUCCCGAAUCAUGGUCCAUCCAGGCCUCCUUUCGAGUACUCCGUACAAAGAUGGUUGGUGGAGUAA